UUGCUCCGCGCAACCGGAGCUCUCGUUUGAGCACCACAGCUUCGCACGCCAAGCAUUCUACCCCGAAAUACAGCCGAGGGAGCCACCACAGCUCCCGCUGCUAGCCACCUUCGCCGUUUCCUUGGGAUUCUUGCUAAGCAUGACCCGGCGCAAGGUGGACGAGGAGAAGGUUCGGAAGGCCUUUGCAGCGAUAGAUAAUGGCAUGUCGGUCAGGAAGGCUGCUGAGGUCUUUGGGGUAGGUCGUACGUCUAUCGAAGACCGCCGCCGUGGCAAGGUGGCCAUGAACGCGAAGGUUGGCCCCGAGACCAUCCUGAGCAGAGAAGAGGAGGAUUCGCUGGAAGAUAUUCUGCUGGUUGCUGCUCGCAACUUCUUGGCUGUGGAUCGGGUUCACCUUAGAGACGCGGUGCGACGACUCUGCAACGACGGUCGGCGGAUCCCUUGGGAUCCAGAGAAGGGUCCGGGGAAAGAUUGGCUUGGGGGCUUCCUUCGUAGGCACCCACGGGUGGCGGAGCGCUCGACCCGCAUCUACGAGGCAAACAGGAUCACCGAGGACGAGGAGCCUCGCAUGGUGCAGUUCUACGAGAGAUGGGCAGCUCUCCAUGACGAGGUCAAACCGAAGGCCAACCACGUGCACAACACGGACGAGACAGGUACCACCCCGCAAGGAACCAAGACGACGAAGGCGUUUGCGGAAUCAGGUCAGAAGGUGGUUGGUUCGAUGCGCUCCAACUCGCGAGAGAACAUCACCGUGGUCGCUACCAUCAGCGCUGAUGGUCACACCUGGGCACCAACCAUUACCUUCAAAAGGCAACGACUUCAGGUCGAUUGGUUUGUAGAGCGAAACGGCCCAGAGGGUGCGAGGUACACCUGUACGGAUUCUUCGUUCAUGCAGGGAGACGUAUUCAUCGCCUACUUGAAGGAUUUCCACAAGCAGCUCGGCGACCGAGGGUUGCUCGACGGAAAACCCCACAUACUCUUGCACGAUGGACAUGCAUCACACGUGAGCGUGGAGGUAAUCAGGCUGGCCAUGAAUCUCAAAAUCGUCUUGUUCCAGCUACCCUCCCACACGUCGCACAUCACCCAGCCCUUGGAUGUCGUCGCCUUCGGACGCUUUAAGAAAUCGGUGCCCAGCGUUUUGGCGUCCUUCUACCACAUCUCCGGCGGGUUGUAG